AUGGCUUGUUAUAUAGAUGAAGAGGAGAUUUUCAAAUGUCCGACACACCCUUCAAAACGGCGUCGUACUGGGAUUUGCCCCACUUGUUUGCGUGAACGUCUCAACACUUUGUGCCCUAACUGCGCUAACACACGCCCCUGCGAGUGCUGCCCUGCCGCCACGUCAGCGUCCACGUCAUCAUCUUCGACUUUCUCGUUCUUCUCCGGCGUGGCCUCCGGUGACACCGAGCCGACCAUGCGGAAGUCGAGGUCGCUGGCGAUACCGUUUCUCCGGUCGCGUUCGAAGUACGCGCCGAACCUCGAGUUCACCGCCGAAAAGCCGCCGUUGCCGACGGCGGCGACGACGGUGACAGCAAGUAAGAAUGCUCCGGCGGCGGGGAGUGGCGGGAGUAGCAGAGGCAAGACGACGUCGUUGCUGUCGAUGUUUAAGAAGAGUAAGAGAGUUGUGGAAGAGGUUGAGAAUAAACCGAAGGAUGAGGAGAGUAAAAAGAGCAGCGAUUUCAUGUUGAUGAUGAAGAGGUCGAGGUCGGUGAGCGUGGCGUUGAGUUCACGCGCCGCCGACAGCAAGGCGGUGAAGACGAAAGGGUGGCAUUUCCCGAGUCCGUUUAGGCAAUCGUCAAAGACGGCUAAAGUACAGGAACAGCAGGCAGCAAUUAAAGUUUGA